AUGCCGCCGCCAGAGCUCCUUCCUGUGUCUCAGUACCCCGAGGUUAUCGACAUCAGCUGGAGGCACAACCUCCGCUAUGACCCACGUCUCGGCGACGAAGACGAGGAUGAAGCCGCAUAUGGCUCCUACCACGUUCCCCGCGACAUCCCGCCUCUCCGCCAUGUCCGUAUCGAGACGCCUUCUUGGGGCCCGGAGGCUCGCAGGGCCGGUCCUCGCCCAGCGACACUGAGAAGCAACCUCAGCGGCGCGAAAGACGGUCCUGCGGCCACCAACUUCUCCUGGCCGAAGAUCAAGCCUAUCGUCCGUAGCUUCGUCAUGGCUUUUAUAUCAGUCGUCUUCAUGGUCCUAAGCCCAGUCGAGGACGUCACAGGCCAGGCUUCAUUCCUCUUUCUAGUUGCCGCAUUCCUCGACCCACCCGCCGAUCCCUUCAUUUCCGUUCUCGAGCGCGAGUUACUCUUUGCGCUCUGUGUCACGGUUGGCUGGGCCUGGUCUUGUCUAGGUAUAUUCUUCGCGCACCUGGCGCGCCACCAUACCGACUACAACAUUACGCAGACGGAGGCACUCUCGGGACAAUACAUCGAGGCUGGCCCGACCGUCAUCUCCGCCAUAUGGGUGUUCCUCGGCGUGACUUUCUUCCUCUUUAUCAAGGCCAAGAAAGGAUCGGGCCCCUACCUCAUUCCCUCUGUUUUCGGUGCGGUCGUCAUCGACAUAUCCUUCAUCACCGAUGUCCUCUUCCCCUACCCAUACUAUACUGUUGGUAGGGUGAUUGUCCUUCCACUCGUGCUCCACUGUGGGCUCUGCAUCCUGGCGAGCGCGACCAUCUUCCCCAGCACGAUCACCACACAGUACGCGAGUGCCCUUGCACGCUCGCUCGAGCCACUUGAAGCUGCGCUCCGCGAGCAUCGCGCCGUACUCAGGCGUCCUCCCUUCGGCUCCGACUUCUCCUCGACGGUCCAGAAGAUCAACGGUCUUGUCACCAAGUCCGAAGGAGGACUUGGUCCUGCCGCUGCGGCGUUGCGUCUCGUAAAGAACGACGUCAUCUGGGGUCGAUUCGCACCAGCAGAUAUCGGGCAUAUGCAAGAGUUCGGGCGCCGCCUAGUUGUGCGCGCAAACGGACUCGGGAUCUUCUUCACCCUCAUCGACCCGACGCGUGAGCGGUUCCCAGUCACACCUCUUCCCAGCAAACCGAACACACCGGUCAUGACCCCUGUGGCCUUGCGCGGACAGUCACUCUCGCAACCUGGCACGCCUGCACUCGGCUCAAACUCACCCGACCCACGAUCUGAUCCCGACUCAGUCGCCUGGGGUCGCAGCCCGCCGCCUUCCCGUCCCGGGAGCCCUACACCUAGCGCUGUGGACACCAAAGAGCGUGGACGGCUUCGACACCGGACCGGUCGGUCCAAGACCAAUCCGAGCGGCUCCCUAUCCUCUCUCCGUUUAUCCAUCAGCCGACACCUUCACCUACGACACCGGCAGCCUGAUAGCGAAGAAGACGGCCAAAAUCAAAGACUGCACUUCUCCCUCCUCCACCUCGCCCAUUCGCUCUCAGUUCCUCACGCGAGCGCGCCCGUCGGCGAGACGGCCGUCGCGGUCUUCGAGAGUCAACGGUACCUCGCGCUCGAGGCGACGCGGCUGAGCCACCCGGACAGCCCGGAGGCGACGGAGACGUUCGUUGACCUCCUCGGGGAGAGCUGCGAAGACCUUUUGGGCGCGUGUGCGGACACUGUGCGCGAGGCGAGGGGGUGGGUCGGAAGUGUGCGGAAUGGGUGGUUCGAGGGGAGGAAGAGCGCGGAGCAGAGGAGGUUGGACACGAUGGCGAGAAUGCUGGAAGUGAGGUACAAGGUGGACAGUGCACUGAACCGGUUCCGGAAGGAUUUCAGGCAUAAGGUCCUCGACCCUUACCGUUCAGCGUUCGACCCCGCCCGCGUUGGUUCACCUGGUGCGGAUGCGACUGCCGAGCCGCCUCCUCACCGAUAUCUCUUCCACUGCUACGUAUACCAGUACCAUCUCAUCCAGUUCGCAACCGUGGCUAUAGAAAUGAUCGACGCGAUCACGUCGCUGGAGGAAGACAAGAAGAGGCCUCGCCUCCAAUACGACGCAACGGUCGAAACGGAAGGCAACGACGAUGAGGAUCCAGACACCAUCCCCGGUAUGCAGACCGACUGGGACGAAGACUUGGGCCAGCCGUCUCGGAGAGACCCCGACGCACUCCCGCCGAACACUCCCCUCGAGCACGUCAUGUCGUGGUUCCACACUCUGCUUAUGGGUCUCACGGGCGGGAACAUGCUCUUCGCUCUCAAAGCGGGCACGCUCACCGUCCUCCUCUGCCUCCCGAACUUCCUCAAGCUACAGCACACUCGCAUACGAAGAGCGAUUCGUCUGGGGCAUCUUCAUGGGCCAACUGACACUGGCGCGAUUCAGGGGCGACACGACGUUUGCGCUAAGGGCAUCGGCAACGCCUACGGCUACACGGCUGUCAUUGCCUUCUGUACGCCCUUUUUCUACUACGGACGACUGUAUUGGCCGGGCCCAGCGAUGACGAACAUCAUCUACUUCGUCACGACCUGCAUCGUCCUCGGAUUCUCCUGGCAGAAUGCGCACUUCGCCGCGAUCUUCCACUUCUACGGCUGGUCGCUCGCGUGGCGACGGUUUGUGCUCGUCUGCGCGGGCGUCACAGCCGCGUUCAUCUUCAGCCUGCUUCCGCCGAGCACGACGCUGCGCAAGUACCAGCGAACGAUGCUGAGCACGACGACGGCUGAGCUAGGCAGCGUCUACUGCUCGAUCGUCAGCUUUGCGAACACGAGAGGGCGGCACGACGUCAACCGCGGGGAGAUCGUGCAGGCGUUGAUCGCCAUCCGGAUGAAGCUGAAGCGGUCGGUCAUGUUGAAGACGAACAUCAUCUACGAG